AUGAAUGUCAGGCGACCAGCACCUCCUGUGCUUCCGAGCUGCAGCUGCACCCCUCGCCCCUCCUCCACUGUUUCCACUCUCCUUCUCCCCGAUGCUUCCCUUAUCCCCUUCACUCCCCCUCUCCUCGCCGCUCCCCCUCUCUCCUCCGCGCCCUCUCGCCUCUCCACCCCCCCCUUCCCCUCUGCUUCCUCCGUCUUCUCCACUCCCUCUCUCCCUCCCAGAUUCACAGCUAGGGCCCCUCUCUGCUCCUCCUCGCUCCGUCCACUGCUUUCAUCACUUCUCGAUCUCCUGCCGUCCUCGAGCUCCCCUCCUCCACUACUCUCUUCUCGUCUCACACUCUGGCUCUCUGCCAACACCUGCUGGGCCCUCUCCCUCUCAUGGCUUCUUCCACCAGAGUGCGCUGCCUCACUUAAGCCUGCACCACUUGUACCUGCCUCUGCUACUCCUCUGCUGUCUCUCAACCUUCGGUUUUCUGAUGAUGCACGUACCGCCCUUUCUUUCCCGUGGCUGUUUGCAGCAGAUCCACCUCCCCCAGAUCAAGGUCGCCCCUUCAUUGUGCCCUUCCCCCUGUCCUUCCCUUGCUCCUCUGCUCCAAAUCCUUCCCACGUCAAGCUGAACUUCCCCCACACCGCAUGUGCUUCCUCCUGA